AAAAAAAAAAAAAAAGAUCAUGACGACGUCGUUCUCUUUGUCUCUCCCACAACCAAAUGGCCAUUCUUUUAUCUCUUAAACCCUAAACCCUCUAAACCUCCCAUUCUUUUAUCUUUACUUCUCCUAAUGCUUCGAUUAACACUCAAAUCACCCCUUAAACCUCCAUUAAUCUCCUCUCUCUUCCUCCUUAAUCCCUCUUUCUUCACCACCACUAACCUCGCCGUUAACCACCGUGAACCACCACCAUCCACCACCGGAAAAUCAAGAAUCCUCAAUUUUUUUCUACAAAAUCACACUAAAGGUUCAACAAAGCAUUUACAACAAAACCCAUGUUUUAAAAAUUUAAUCUUUGAGCUAAAUUCAUUGGAAAUAGAAGGAAUUGUUGAGAAACUAAGUGUUGGAAAUACUGAAUCUGCACUUGAGUUCUUUUUCUUGUUGAGAAAUGAUUAUGGAUUUAAGCAUUCAAGAGUUUCAUACAUUGUUGUUGCUCAUAUUUUGGCUAAAAAACAAAGGUUUAGAGCUUUGAAGUUUCAUUUACAAUAUUUGGUUCAACAAGAAGGCUCUGGUUCAGCUCAUUCGAUAUGUGAGCUGCUUUCGAGUCGCUUUCAGAAAUGGGAUUCUAAUCAUGUUGUCUGGGAUAUGCUGGCUUCUGCUUAUUCCUGGUGUCAGAUGGUUAAUGAUGCUCUCUAUGUUUUUGCCAAGAUGAAAGAUUUCAAUAUCCAUGCUUCGAUAAUUACAUACAAUAAUUUGUUGUAUUGUUUGAGACACACCGAUAACAUCUGGGAUGUCUAUGAUGACAUCAAAGCCAAUGGGAUAAACCCGAGCAAGUAUACUAAUUCCAUUGUUAUAGAUGGACUUUGCAAACAAUUCUUGAUGCAAAAAGCAGUUGAUUUUCUUCGAGAGACUGAAUGUAGAGAAUCUGGGCCUUGUGUUGUGGCUUUCAAUACCCUUAUGUCGAGUUCCUGUAAAAUGGGUUCUGUAGACGUUGCGAAGUCAUACUUUUGUAUGAUGUUUAAAUGUGGAUUACAUCCCAAUGUAUAUAGUUACAAUAUUCUCAUUCACGGGUUAAGUGUGGCGGGUGCAAUGGAAGAAGCGUUGGAGUUCACAGAUGAUAUGAAGAAACAUGGUUUAGAGCCUAAUCAGGUAACUUAUAACGUCCUCGCCAAAGGAUUUCAUUUGCUUGGUAUGAUGCAUGGUGUCUGGAAGUUCGUUAAUGAAAUGCUUCAUAAAGGCAUAGAUCCUGAUAUUUUCACAUAUACAAUGUUGAUAUGUGGAUAUUACAAUGAUGUGGGUAUUAAGUUGAGAGAGGAGACGGGGGUCCAUGCCAGUGAUAUCUCAGACACAAUGUUACUUAGCAGUUUGUGUAAAAGCGGACGUUUAGAUGAAGCUUUGAAUUUGUUCCAUGAGAUAGAGAGCAGCGGUCAUAAACCGGAUCCUAUCAUGUACUCGAUUCUUAUUUCAGGCCUUUGUAAGCAAGGAUUGGUUGAGAUAGCUUUUCAAUUGUACAAAGAUAUGUUGUGUUGUAAGAGAAUUCUUCCAAAUAUUGUUGCUCAUAGAUCUAUUCUCAAAAGCUUCUGUGAGAGAGGGUACAUUUGUGAGGCAAGAGUUCUGUUUGACGCUUUAAUAAAUUGUGACUUAAUGGAUGAUGUUGUUUUGGGUAAUAUUAUGAUUGACGGAUAUGCAAAACUUGGUGACAUCGGUGAGGCUGUUCAGGUAUACCAACUAAUAACAGGGAAAGGAAUAAUGCCAACCAUAGUUACAUUCAAUUCCUUAAUAUAUGGGUUCAGCAAAGCCAAAAAGUUUGAUGAUGCAAGGAACUGGGUUGACACUAUAUAUGCACAUGGGUUGAUACCAUCAUCGAGGACGUACACAAUUCUUAUGGAUGCCUAUGGUGAAGAAGGAAAAAUUGAAGCCGUUUUUGAGUUGCUAGAGGAAAUGAAAGCAAGGGCCAUAGAACCAACUCAUGUUACUUACACAGUGAUAAUGAAAUGCCUCUGUAAAAGAAGGGAGAUGCAUGCGUCUGUCCGGAUACUAAAGGGUAUGUUACCGGAUGGUUUUCAGCCGGAUGAAAUUUUUUACAACACCAUUAUUAAAAAAUUAUGCGAGGCUCGAGAUAUGAAAGGUGCUUUCCGAUUGCAUAAAGAAAUGGCGGUGCACAAACUUCAGCCAAGUCGAGUCACGUACAACAUUCUCCUUAAUGGUUUAUGUACACACGGAGAACUAAAGGAUGCUGAGGAACUAUUUUCUACACUCCAAGAUGUUGGCCUCAUGAAAUGUGAUUACACCAUUCUAAUAAAAGCUUAUUGUGCAAAAGGAUCAGUGGAUAAGGCAGUGGUUCUGUUCCAAAAGAUGAUUGAGAAGGGCUUUGAAAUCUCUAUUAGAGAUUAUAGUGCUGUGAUUAAUAGGUUGUGCAAAAGAAACUUACUAGCUGGUGUGAAGAUUUUUCUGCGUAUGAUGUUGUUUCAUGGCAUAUCUGUUGAUUCACAAAUUUGUUUUGUUAUGCUUAACAGUUUCAAUCAUAUUCGUGAUCGCAAUUCUGUGUUCCAAUUGUCCUCUUUGAUGAUGAAGUGUGGAUUAGAUACUGAUUAUAAUUGUGGUUAAGUGUACGAAACACCAAUUCAGGAUGAUUAACGUGCUCUGUUGCAAUAUAUGAGCUUCUUGGUUCACGUGAUGUUACCAGAAAAGUUCCUAAAAACUGGAACUUGAUUUUAUAAGAUGAGGUCAUACAUUUUUGUAUGGAGGAAAGACAAAGGGACUUUGGCAUCUAUAAGAAAAAAUUAACAGGUAUUGGAUUUUCUUCUAUGUUUUUCUUUUGUUCCAUCCUGUUUUUCGGUUAUGGUAUUGUAUCCCUUGCUUAUUGGGUUUGUCAAAUUUUUUUUUAUUGUUUAUUGGAAUCUGAAUCUAUCUUUUUCAGUUACCUUUAACUUUUAGUAUUGUGAAUUCUUUAUUUCAGGGUGGACUUACCAGAAUUGCUUGUCUUUGUCUGAAGCUCAUUUCAUGUUUUAAGUGCUCUACAUUUUUCCUUGACUCUCUAUAUGCAUUUAUUUUUUUCUUUUGACAACAAUCAAUUCAUUUGCCAGCACAUUUGUGCUCCUUAGUCUAGAUUUCCUAUUUCAUUCUCUAUUUUUGUUUGCCUAAUUUACCAUAUUUCUUAAAUGUCUUUUGAGUUACCCCUUACA